CUACAACUAGUAGGUUUGUUCUUUUACUAAACUGAGCACGUCUUCCAUAUCUGCAUAAACUGCUUCUAUGUCUUCAUCAUUGUAAGAUGAUAUAGGCAUGUAGACCUGCCAUAUGUAUAUAUGAGAAUCAUUGUAAUCUAACUAGAGUUGAUAAAAGUUCAGAGGGCAACAUAUUUUUGAUAUAUAAACGUAUAUUAUGUACAUUGUUGGCAUUAGUUAAUUACAAAUAAGACCAAUUUGUUAUAAUGCGUAAAGUUGCUGUGGUUGGUUGCGGUCCAAUAGGACUUACUACUGCGUGUAUGAUACAAGAAAAAUUACAUAACGUUCAAGUUAUAAUUUACACAGAAAACGAAAGUCCGAACACUACCGGAGAUAUUUCAGCUGGAUUUUGGACACCUGUAUAUACGGAAAACACACCCAUUGAACAUGUCAUGAGAUGGUCUCGACGAACCUUAAAACAUUUAAUUGAAUUGUGGAAAAGUGGAAAAGCAAACGAAACUGGGUUAUCAUUAGUUCCAGUUUUAAUGUUAAGUGAAGAACCCAAUUUCUCUGUUCCAGAGUGGUCUAAAAUAGCUAUUGGAUAUACAGAAUUAUCGCCUGAAGAUAUACAAACGUACUGCGUAGAAUUUCAAAAGAAUUUUAAAGGAGGUUUCACCUACAUAUCGUUUACUUGGGAACCUUCCAUAUUUCUGCCGUAUCUUAAAAAGAAGUUUCUAGAAAAAGGAGGUAUAGUCGUACAUAAAAGAAUUGACGACAUCAAUCAACUUUCACAUUUCGAUGUGAUUGUUUAUUGUACAGGUCUCGAUGCUAAGUAUUUAUUACAUGACGAAAAAUUGUACCCAGUUAGAGGCCAAUUGCAAAGAGUUUCAGCACCUUGGUUGUUUCAAGUAAUAUUUGACAGUGAAUGCUACAUUAUACCCAAUAUUAAUUGCGUUAUCCUUGGUGGUACAAAACAAAAAAAUGACUACGAAACAAUAAUUAGAGAAGACGAUAAAAACAAUAUUGUCAAGAGGUGCACAAAUUUGGAGCCAUCGCUUAAAGAAUCCAUAUUAAUCAAAGACAUGGUAGGCUUAAGGCCUUGCAGAACAGAAACACGCUUAGAAUUAGAAAUUUUGAAUUUGAACGAGAAACAUUUACCCAUUAUUUAUAAUUACGGACAUGGAGGAAGUGGAGUGACAUUUUCGUAUGGUUGUGCUUGGGAAGCUUGUGAUCUUGUGAACGACGCUCUUAAUAUUAUUAAUGCUAAAAAUAAGUCAAAAUUGUGAAACAUAUUUUUGUACAUGACCUAAGGGGGUGUAGCGGGAUGGCGCAGAGCUCUAAGGCAGAGCCGGGCAAACUCGGCUCUUUUGACUCCCGAGUGUUACUCAAGUACACCUAGGAAGCUCCACAUUGCUCCUAAGAGUGCGAGUGAGAUGAUUCUUUUUUCUUAUCCCUUCCAUUCCGUAGGUAAGUCCCCUUUUCCGUAGCCGAACCAUUGGGUAUUGCGACCAUAGUCCAGCACACUCCCCCUGAACUGCGGGACGAUCGUUAGAAAAUUUUCGUAGAUACUGUUUGAGUUGCGAUAGGGGCUUCGCUUACGUACGGGAUGGAGGGGCUUGCUAUGGGGGUGGAAAGGAGAAGAUAAAGAGAAAGCAAUAUGAGUCAUAUUGCUUAUUCUCUCGUACUCAUUUAAGGGUAUGGAGUAACCCAAACUAACCUCAGGUGGCAGCUCCUACGAAGUCAAAGUUUGCCCGGCUUUGCUCUAAGGGGUGUCAAGCGACACGUAUCAGUAGAAUGUUUUGUUCUGUGAAAAGUUCAAAAUGUUUAUAAGGGAAAGAGAACCCAUAGACACACUUUACAGCAUCUUAUUUUUGUUUUGUAUUUUAUAAAUAUAAUAUAGUGCUCUUUCAUAAAGCAGUGGUUUUCUCCACCACAAUCCAAAAAAGCAAAAACAAAAGAUGCAUGGAAUACCGUAAAGCCGAUGGACUCAAAGUUUUAAAUACUAGGGUUCUUAAAAUUUCACUCAACUUUAUUAAGCGGUUUAAAAGGUAUUAUCGGCUGGAACAGCUGAUACUACAACGUUUAACAGUGCCCAUCCUCUAAACUUAGGCCAGUAUAAUAAAUAAAUUGAUAUUGCUUUUUUUCAAACCUCGAUAACUCUGGCUAUACAAGAGGGACUAUCAAAAAAAUUAUCUAGGGAUGCAAUGAACACUAAGGCCGGCGCCCGUGACAUAAUAAAUAGAACUAAUAAAUUACAAACCGAAACACUCACUCAAAAUGAAACAAUAUUCUCUUUCUUCAUUUACUACAAACUACCUCAGUUCAAUAAGGGAUUUUAUUUUACUGCUGGGACCUUUGGCUUUACCUACCAAUGCUUUGAUGUCACACCUCCAUAUCAGAACAAAAAAAUUCUCUCAUUGA